AUGGGACGGAAACGAAAGAAGAAGGCAGAAGAUUUCAGAGAAGAAGUUCUGGAAGAAACAGUUAAGAGUGGGAUUUUAAGGGGUGAGCAGUCUUCGCAACCCGUGUGCGGUGAAGAGGAUGAUAAGCCUGUGGUGGGAGUGGGAAAUAGCAAGGAAGAUCAAACAAAUCUGUUUGCUCUGACUUGUGGGAUUGUGGAGAAAUGUGAUGAGCUGGAUUCUCGAUCCUUGCAAACCGAAAGCCAAGAGAAGUCGGCCCUCAAUUCCAUCAUCUACCCGGCAAUCGCCACAUCCCCUUCGGUUUUGUCGCAAUGCCAACGUCUGAGUUUUGCCGGAGAAGAAGAGGAAAUUAUAGAAAUGGAAGAGGCGGAGAUUCUUGCACAGCAGAGUCAUUUGUGUAGCAUCUGUGGGAAAGAGUUCCGGCGAGCAGGGAAUGUGCGGGUUCACAUGCGAUCCCACGGAGAUCAAUACAAAAGCAGGGAAGCCCUCGUAUCCGUAUGCACCACGCCCAAAGUCGGAAGAUCAUAUUACUCGUGCCCCUUCCAAGGCUGCAAGCACAACAGGCGUCAUCCCAAUUUCAAGCACUUGAAAUCCGAUGUAUCCCUCAAGAAUCAUUACAGAAGAAGCCACUGCGCUAAGAUCUAUGCCUGCAAUAAGUGCGGAAAGGAGUUUUCUCUGGUGGGAGAUCUCAAAUCUCACGGAAACAAGUGCGGGCGUAGCACAUGGCGCUGUUCCUGCUCCCUCACCUUUUCAACCAGGAACAAGCUGCUUCGCCACGUGGCCAAGGGAGGCCAAGGCCAUAAUCCCCUUCCCGGUCAUUCUGAUAAAACGCCCCAACAUUCUGUCCAAGACCUUAAUGAUCUAUCUAUUUCAGCAGAAUGCCCUCCUGCUCAUUCCAACGAUAAAGAUGUACUAAUGAUGGGCGUCGGAUCGACCAGCGUACAACCGCAAAAUGAAUACGGCGAUGACACGAUCGAACAGAGUGAAGACAGUGAAGCAAACGAAUUCAUUGCAUCUCUGUUUCGGCAGAAUGAGGAUCUACAUUGGCCCUAA